AGUUGAGACUUUUCUCACGGUCUUGCCCACGGAGUGCCAGGGAGAGUGAGCAGCUGUUGUGCACAACUGUCAAAAACUUUCCUUGUCCCUUCAGUGUGGUUCUUCUUCAUUCAUACUUGAAUGCUUGUGCUGUGUUCUCCUAACUGGCUUCUAGAGCACUGAAAAAAGGCCGUAUCUUCAAAUGACACCCAGAGCUUGCUGCCAAAGCCGUGCAUAGAAUCUUGUUUUCAGAAUGUGUCACUGGGUAGAUAUAAACAGAGUGCCCUUGAGAAUUUACACUUAAUGAUAGACUGGGACAAUGAUGGAGAGAGUGCAGAGCAUCCGAGAUACGAAGGACGUAUCCAAACAGAGAUAACUGCCCAUUAUGAGAAUCUCACCGCCCCAGACGGUGAAGGAUAUAAAACAUUCUGGACGACAUCCCUUUUUAAGUCAACUACUUCUGCAAAGCCUUGUGUUUCUGUAAGCAAUGGUUCAAAUCCAAUGAUCAAAGAUACGUAUAUGCAGAAUCCAAAUUUGGAAAAUCUAGAAAAUUACCUAGUCCAGGCUGAAAAUAAUUAUUUGAACCAUUUUGAAAAUAGGUUUGCAUUGACCUUUCAGUCCAAUAUUUCUGAAAAUCAGGGAUUUAAAAAUGAAGAAAAAAGCGCUAUGUGGUAUCAGUUUGAGAGUUCCUUCACUGAGGAGUCAACCCUGCAAAACUACCAGAGCAUUUUCAAUGAAAACAUAAUUGCUCAAUACAGUGAAUCUGAGAAGAUAUUUAUCCAGGGGUCAAAUGUUAAUAAACAUCUGAUUACUCAUUUUCCAGAGAACCAUUUUGAGUGUAAUAAAUGGGAAGUCUUUUAUCAAGGCUCCAACCUUAUUAUACAUAAGAGUAUGCAUAUGGGAGAGAAUCCUUAUAAAUAUAAUGAAUGUGACAAAGCUCUCAACCAGACCUCCAAUGUUAUUGAUCAUCAGAGAAUGCAUGUGGGAAAAAACUCAUACAGACGUAAUAAACCUGGGAACAUGUAUAGUCAGUCAUCAAGACUGUAUAUACAUAAGACAAUUGGUGCUGGAGAGAAAAGUUACAUUUGUAACGAAUGUGGCAAGGUCUUUAUCCACCACUCAAGCCUUACUCAACAUCACAGAAUUCAUACUGGAGAGAAUCUUUACAAAUGUAAUGAAUGUGGAAAACUCUUUACCAGGCACUCACAUCUUACUGAACAUCACAGGAUCCAUACAGGAGAAAAACCGUACAAAUGUCAAGAAUGUGGGAUGGCCUUUACCCAGCAUGCAACCCUUGUUGGUCAUUACAGAGUUCAUACAGGUGAGAAACCUUACCAAUGUAAAGAAUGUGGCAAGACCUUUAAAUGGCACUCAAUCCUUAGUAAACAUUACAGAACUCACACUGGAGAGAAACCUUACAUAUGUAAAGAAUGUGGCAAGGCCUUUAGGCAGCACACAACCCUUACUCACCAUUACAGAACUCAUACUGGAGAGAAACCUUACCAAUGUAAAGAAUGUGGCCAAGCCUUUAUCCAGCACUCCAACCUUACUCAACAUCACAGAAUUCAUACGGGAGAGAAACCUUACCAAUGUAAUGAAUGUGGCCAAGCUUUUAACCAUCACUCAUACCUUACCCAACAUCACAGAAUCCAUACUGGAGAGAAACCUUACCAAUGUAAAGAAUGUGGCCAGUCCUUUAACCAGCACUCGAACCUGACUCGACAUCACAGGAUUCAUACUGGAGAGAAACCUUUCAAAUGUAAAGAAUGUGGCCAGGCCUUUAACCAGCACUCACAUCUUAAUCAACAUCACAGAAUCCAUACUAGAGAGAAACCUUUCCAAUGUAAAGAAUGUGGCCAGGCCUUUAACAGACACUCAAACCUUACUCAGCAUCACAGAAUUCAUACAGGAGAGAAACCUUUCCAAUGUAAAGAAUGUGGCCAGGCCUUUAACAGGCACUCAUACCUUACUCGACAUCACAGAGUCCAUACUGGAGAGAAACCUUACAAAUGUAAAGUAUGUGGCCAGGCCUUUAACAGGCACUCAAACCUUACUCGACAUCACAGAAUUCAUACUGGAGAGAAACCUUACAAAUGUGAAGAAUGUGGCCACACCUUUAUCCAGUAUUCACAUCUUAUUCAACAUCACAGAAUACACACUUAAGAGAAACCUUACCAAAGUAAAGAAUGUGACCAAACACUUAAUCUCUGGUUAACCUUUACUCAUUAUCACGGAAUUCACACUGGAGCAAACCUUACAAAUCUAAAGAAUGAGAAAACUAUUAAGGACUUCUCAGCCCUUACUCCACAUCAGAGAAUUCUAUUGGAGAGGAACCAUACAAAUGUCAAGAAUGUAGGCCAACCUUUAAGCAAUGCUAAACCCUGACUCCUGAACAGAGAAGUUAUACUGGAGAGGAGUUUGCAAAUAUGAAGAAUUUGGGAAGCCCUUUAAUCAGAGGUCAAGCCUCAUUCAACAUCACAGAAUUAAUACUGGAGGAAAAAUUUACCAAUGUAAAGAAUCUGGUAAGACUUUUAGGCUCAACCCUACUGAGCAUCACAGACUUUAUGCUGAGGAGAAACAUUACAGAAGUAAAGAAUGUGGCAAUCCUGUAGCCGAAACUCACAAUUUGUUCAACAUCAUAGCUAUCUUAACAGUUUAGAAACCGUAACAUGUAGAGAAAGUUGCAGUGCCUUUAACCGGAAUCCAAAUGCACACCAGAUUCAAUCCCUGAAAAUGUAAUGAAUGAGCAAAGACCUUCAUUUUAAUGUACAUUUUAGCAAACACCAGAGUGCAUAGAGGAAAGUGACUUGAAAGAUAUAAAUAUUUAGGAAAAUAUUUAAUUGAAUAUCAAAUGUCAAUAGAGGUGACAAAUCAAGUGGCUAGCAUUAUGUCAGUCAACCUAUUUAGACAUUACAUCAAAAUACUCAUUAUAAGUAAAAAUACAAAGCUAAACACUUAGAUAAUAUAUAUGCUAAUAUGCUUCAAAAGCUUAAGUGGAUGGAUUUUUGCAUAGGUAUAAUUAAUUUCAAUGUGUUUUUUUUUCUUACAUUGACCCUGAGAUAUUUGACUAGCAAGUAUUAUUGUAUUUCUGCUCUCAAAUCGCAGAAUUCAUUCCUAGUGGGUGUGUGAAAGUAUGUGGCUGAUUGUUGAUGCAUCAAAGAUAUGAGAUGUCUUUCAUUAGGUGGGACUCCUGCAUACCUAAAUUUUCAUGGAAGAUGGAGGACAGUCUGAUGUACAAUAUGAAGAAAAUCUAAAUGGAGAUGCUAUUUAUGCUUAUAAUGAGAUAGGUGUUCAGACCAUCAAUCUUCUCCAUUUAUUUAAAGUAAAACCUUUCCCGAAUAUGAUAAGUAUUUUUUAUUUUACCAACUGGUAUUUAAGAAAAAAGACAUGGCAGUCUUGUAAAAUACUGGCGUAUCUUCAUAACAGCUAAAAUUCGAUGUAGAGAAUGUCAGUUGAUGUGGUUGAAAUGGAUCAAUCCUCGCAGAUGUCAGAAAGGAUAGCAAAUGCUUCCCCCAAACGGCAUAUGAUUUUUAGAUAGACAUUUUUUAAGAAGGACCUCAGGCCUGAAAAUUAUGGAAAGUACUAUUUCCACAUCAUUAUAUCAGGAGACCCAUGCUUUUUGAAUGCCUGUAUUCUGUAUUUUGAAGAAGGGUUAUAGAGUGGAUUUGGAAUGCAUUACUUAGUCUAUUUGUGAACUUAAUAUAUUUUAGUUACUAAAACAUAAUGGUUUUUAACGUGUUCGCAUGGAUGUGUAAUGAAUGAAGUAUUAUCCCACCACCAAUGUUAACCUAUCUCAUUUUUAUUUAAGGUUGUAGGAAACUGAUGAUAUGUAUCACGUAUUUGUAAUGGAGUGGAAUAAUACACCUAGAAAUCCAUUUUCUCAGUGGCUUCAAAGUUUAAAUAAUGUGUGAUUAUUUUUUCCCUAGUUUCUCAAUUGUAUCAUUUUCUCCUUUUCGGGACUAGUGGGAUAGUACACGGAUAUAUUAUAGAUUAUAUAGAGGUAUUAUAGACCGUUUAGCCCAAGGACUCCUUGUUGGUGCCACUUGGCAGCCAUUUUGUAUAGCCAGUAGUUUCGCAGGGACUUGAACUAACACCGGCCUUUUCUCACUAGUAUGGUCCCUAGAUAACACCCUGUAGAGUCACAAGUUAGUGUAACUUUUUUUUUUUUUAUUGUUUAUUUAUUUAUUUUGAGAGAGAGAGGGUGAGGGGCAGAGAGAGACGGAGACAGAAAACCCCAAGCAGGCUCUGUGCCAGCAGGGCAGAACCCAACCUGGGCCAAACUCACAAGCCUUAAGAUCAUGAUAUGAGUCCUUUAGCGGAUUGAGUCACUCAGGCGACCCCUAGUGUAACUUCUGAUAUAACUUCUUCCCCCCCCCCCCCCAACUUUUCCCCUUGUGUGUCCCUUAGAGAAGAUUC